UGGACUAACAUGCGCUGUGCGCUAACCGCAGCUUCCAAAAUUCUUUAAUUCCUGGAUAAACAACUUUUUGAGUACUAGAACUGGAAAAAAGAUUUUUUAGAUCGAUCCAAAACCCUAAAUUGUUUUAGUUGUUAAGAAUCCAUCAGUCUCCCAUUUUGUCACUACCAAUCCAACAUGUUCAAAAAGUUUUCAUCAGACGAAGUGUCUUCACAAAAUCAAGUGAAAGCAUCCGUGCAGAGGAAAAUUCGACAGAGUAUUGCUGAUGAGUAUCCAGGACUUGAGCCCGUGUUGGAUGAUUUGCUUCCAAAGAAGUCACCUUUAAUUGUUGCUAAAUGUCAAAAUCAUCUGAAUCUUGUGAUGGUGAACAGUGUUCCUCUGUUUUUUAAUAUUCGUGAUGGGCCAUACAUGCCUACUCUGCGUCUUCUCCACCAAUAUCCAAACAUAAUGAAAAAGUUACAGGUAGACAGGGGUGCAAUAAAAUUUGUACUUGCUGGUGCAAACAUAAUGUGUCCUGGACUUACAUCUCCAGGCGGUGCUUUGGAUGAGGAAGUGGAAGCAGAAACUCCUGUGGCCAUAAUGGCUGAAGGAAAGCAACAUGCUCUUGCAAUUGGCUUUACAAAAAUGUCAGCAAAAGAUAUAAAGACAAUUAACAAGGGAAUUGGAGUGGACAACAUGCAUUAUCUCAAUGAUGGCCUUUGGAAGACGGAGCGUCUAGAUUGAGGAAUCACCAAGAGCAGCUGCAUAUCUCACAAAAGAAGAGUUAACUUCGUUUGCUUCAUCUCUGAACUGCAGCUAUUUCGUCUUCUUCUAGAUGUUGCAAACGGAGUCGUGUAAAUUUUUUUUCUAGUUAUAUUGGGCCUGUACACUCCUUUAUUGGAAUGCCUUAUGGCCAGGAAGGCCUUUGUUUAAGGCCCAAUUUCGAGCUCUGGGCAUUAAUGUCGUUACAACAAAAUUGCCAUUAAUUCUGUUUUGAAACCAUUGAUUGUGA